AUAGAAAUAUAGUUUUGAACGCGUGUAUGUAUGCAACAUACAAAAGAUUCUUCUUUUAAUACGACACUAAUUUAUUCCCUUAGAUCUUACUUACCAAGAUAGCGAAGAAUUCAAGCGAGAAAUUCGUGAAAACAUUGCAGGUAUAGUUUACACAAGCAAAAACAACAAAAACAAAAACAAGCAAAAACAAAACUCUCAAAUUUUAACUCACCAUUAAAACGUCCUAAAGAUGGCAUAAAUUUUUCAAAACACUGAAGUCACCAUGCGAAUUCUUUCAGAUCUACAUAAGAACAAGAGAAGAUCAGCGUUCGACAGAAUUCUCACGAUAAAUGACAUACACAAGAGAUGGAAGAAAAAAGAUCAAUUGGAAAAGAGAAAUGUCAAUGCAGACGAUGUUAUCAACAACGUAAACAUGAGUAAGCGCGGUCUAUAUAGUAUUUGUAUAUACUGCACUUUCAGAAACAUAAUAGUCAGGCAGAUAGAGGAUUAAUUUUGUUAGCGGCGUUCAAAUGUCUUGUGGGCUCCUGCACGCCAACAAGUUUUUCUUCGAUUUUCCUAUUAACCCCUACUUCAUUAUUCCCCCCUACUUUAUUAUUUUACUCUGUCUAACACCAGACGAUUUUACUCGUCAGGGAGAGAGUGCUGCCGCUCAAUGGGUUAAUCAGACUAUCUGCCCAUGUAUACCCUGUUAAGUUAACCCUUUAAGUGGCAAUGCGCCCAGAUGCACCCUACUUUAUUAUUACGAUAUUACUCGUCAGGGGGAGAGUGCUGCCACUCAAUGGGUUAACCGCUAUAUCGUUAAAUCAUUUAUAGAAAAAUUAACUUGCAGCAUUAGAAAGCUUACAAAAACUGUAUGUAAGACAUUUAAACGGUUACCUUUAUUUUUCAAGUUCUUUUCAGACUACGUGUUUUCAGACUACGCCCAGUAUUUUUGCGCGUUUUGGCCUAUUUUUCACAUUUUGGAAACACCGCUGUAAAAAUUGGUGGCGACCGUUUAAAUGUCUUAUAUGCUUAUAAGGUAAUUGAUCUUUUCCUGUAGGAAAUGAUAACCUGUUAUUUGAAGGAGAUAUAGCGAUAGACCCCAAGCAGUUAUUAGAUAUUGAAAAAGUUGAGUCGUAUCGUCGAAAACGGAAUGCUGUAUACAGACGCAAACAGCUCUGGACAACGCGACAAAUCCCGUACUAUCUGGACCCUGGACUUUGUAAGUAUAGAAAUCACGUUUAACAACUUUACCAUUAGUAGCUGUAUCAGUUACGACUCUUCUUCGUGGAGAUCCAUGUGGUAUGCUCGCUCUGGAAUUAAAAACGAAUUAAUUACUAAUCAAGAAAGCAAAAAAAACCUGUUUAUACCAAUAAUAUCGGUAUACUUUUUCGGGUACACACUGCACGUUAAAAUCUCACAACUUGUCAACAAGAUGUGUUCGCAACAAGCUUGCAUGUAGCAAGCUUAGCUUGUCAACAAGUUAUAACAAUUCUCUUAUUUUAUCAAGUUGCUACAAGGUUGUCACUCGCAACUUGUCAACAAGAUGUGUUCACAACAGGCUUGUAACAAGUUUGUCAACAACUUGUAACAAUGCUGUUAUUUUAUCAAGUUGCUAUACAAGGUUGUCAAUCACAACUUGUUGAAAAAUUGUUAAGUUGCAGGGCGAUAAUUAGUUGUUGGAACAACUUGUAACAAGUCUGUUCAGCUCAACAACCUUGCAGCCAUUUGUCAACAAGCUGGGAACAAGCAGUGCGAACACAUCCUGUUGACAAGUUGUUAGAACAGCAUUGCUACAAGUCUGCUGCAGGUUUGUUACAACUUGUGCGUUUUUACGUGUGUAUAUAGGCCUAAGGUGAAACUGUUGGCGAUACACACAUGCAAUAACUACUAUAUAUCAGCCACACCCAACUCAUUCAUAAUCUUCGAAUUUACAGCACUGAAGGCAAGAGAUGUAAUCAAAAAAGCAAUGGCAAUAAUACACGAAAAGACGUGUGUUAGAUGGGUACCUCGCACCUCUACAGCACAGAAACACUAUGUACAUUUCAAGAAAGGGGAUGGGUAAGGAAAUGUCGUAUUAGAUGCUUAAAAUUAGGUGGAAGUGAGUUCAAUGAAGAAAUGAUUUGCUGGUGUACUAAAGUUUUUCAAAGUUGCCUAUAAAAUGCUUUCUCCUGUUAUAAUCGUUGACAAUAUUAAAUUUUGUUACCGUCCUUGGUUCGACGUUGUUGUUGUUGUUGUGGUUUCUGUUGUUGUUGUUGCUGCUGUUGUGGCCGUUGUUGUGGCUGUUGUGGCCGUUGUUGUGGCUGUUGCUGCUGUUGUUGUGGCUGUUGUUGUGCCUGUUGUUGUGGCUGUUGUUGUGGCUGUUGUUGUUGCUGUUGUUGUGGCUGUUGUUGUGGCUGUUGUUGUGGCUGUUGUUGUGGCUGUUGUUGUUGUGGUUGUUGUGGUUGUUGUUGUUGUGGUUGUUGUUGUUGUUGUUGUUGUCGGUGUCGUUGUCGUAGUCGUUGCCAUUGUUGUUAUUGUCUGUCGUUGUUAUUUGCUGUUCGAAAAAUCGGCCGUGAGAAAGGAUAAUUUCCUCUACCACUACUUUUUACUGACUAAGUACGCAUGUGAUUGGCUAAUGGGGUAGAUUAAACGCAUCUGAUUGGUUAAUGGGGUAGAUUAAACGCAUCUGAUUGGUUAGUGGUCCCUUAAUGGCAGCGGUAAAAAUAAACCUCACUAUUUUUCUCGAGGUGACCAGCACAUACAAAGAUUUAUCAGUGAAGUUACUUUUUUUUCCAGAUGUUAUUCCGCGAUAGGGCGAGCAUACGCUCAAGAGGGAGCUCAAACAUUGUCAAUUGGUGAAGGCUGUGAAUGGGUCGACAUAGCUUUACAUGAACUGACACAUUGUAUGGGUAAGCAUAUAAAUGCGCGUUAAUUACGUAUAAUCUCUAUGAUCAAAGUGUUUCAAAGUCUUCUACAAUUACUGUCGAUGCAAUGGAAGAUUGGAAGUGUUGAUAAAAUAUUGCAUGAAUUCAUUUCCUCAAGUUGAUCAAUUCAUACGAAUUCAAAUUUCUUUUUACUUCCUGUGCGUUUCCUAUUGGUCAAUCGGUUCUGAAACGAAAUCUAACUGGCUCAUCUAAAAGUAACAGGAAGUUGGUCAAUUUUCUAUCAAAUGAAUUGAUCAACUUGAGGAAAGGAAUUGGUGCAAUAUUUUAUCAACACUUCCAUUGCAUCGACAGUAAGUAUUAGUCCAUAUUACAUUUAUAGUUUGAACGAGCUAUAUAGUAUUACCAUUUUUUUGCUACUUCACUGCGAAAAACUUUGGUAAAAUACGCAUUCACAGUGACUCAACAUUUUUAUAAAAUUACUCAAAUUUAUGAGCGAAUGUGCUCAUUUUUUUUAGUAAGGUUUCAAAUUUACUCAAUCUUGUUAGUAAAAAUUUCCUUUCUAAAAAAAUGAGUAAUUUUGCUCAAUAUUUUCAGUCACUGUGGAUGCAUUAUUUUACUCAAAGAAAUUUUUGCAGUGUUUUUAUAUACUAUAUUAUAGAAUUUUUAGUAUAAGGGUUUCAAACCGUUUUCAAACUUAAUUUCCCAGGAUUUUUUCAUGAGCAAAGCAGAGAUGACAGAAACAGGUACAUCAAAAUCCUUUGGGAAAACAUCCCAUCUGGUAAGUGAUUUAAAAUUUUUCAAAAGCGUUUAAAGAAGCGGCUAGCCAGCUACUAACCUCCAGACAAAGGACAUUCGCUCGAAACGUCCAAGUUUCUCUUGAGUUUUCAGGUACAUGUAAUUCGGUAACUUCGGUCACAGCAAUCCUGGGUCGAUUCGCGUUAGUGCGGACACACGACGCUGAUCUGAAGGGUCAGUCAACCUUCUACCAAAUUCAAAGUAGUGAGAAUUCACCCGACAGGGUGGGUUGGGAUGAGCCCUGAACUGACUCUUCCACCGUAACUGUGCUCUGUGAUCAGAGGCGCCCUUAGAAAGCCUUCGACUCGAACAGGUUGAGCUGUAUCCUUCGAAAUUCAGCUUGGCAUAGUCUGUCAAGAUAAGAUGGUCUGGAAGCCAGGCAAACUUCAAAGCUACAAAAUAGAAGACCUUUGUUUGAUGUUGAACUAUACCUCGCCGUGCGCAAAUCCUUUGUUUCAACUUCAUUGAAUAUUAUUCAUCGUGGCUGCACGUUUCAUCUCAGCUAUCUCUUUUGGACGAUUACUUCAUUAUACGAAAAUACAAUGAGUUCAAUCACCGUGACCCUGCACAAAUUAACAUAAACUCCGACAAAAAUAUAACACAAUGACUUCUGUUUAGUUUUCAGACCAUCAUAUCUUGAUUGACUAUGAGCUUCGCUCUCAGCUGCAAGUAGGUAUGCUUAACACACCGCCACUCCCCGCAAAUUGUAUUCUCCGCUACCCGUAAUGGCACCUGACAUUCAAGAAUAGAAAUUACGGACUCCAUUAAUCAUCAUGAAAAAUUUGUGUUUCAUUCUUAGAACUUCGUGAUCAAUUCGAGAAAUAUACUCACGGCGUCAUUGACAAGAUGAAGAAAGAUUACGACAUUAAAAGCCUUAUGCAUUACAGUUCCACUGCGUUUGGUAUAAAAGGCAAGACCACUAUUGUUGCUUUGGAUCCGAAGCAAUCCAUUGGUGAUGCCACUACAUAUACAGCCCUUGAUAUCAUAGAGAUUAAUGCUUUGUAUGAUUGUAAAACAUCGUCCAUAAGUAAGUGUUCUUCUAUUGCUGUUGGUUCGGCAGACCAGUUGGUUGGUUAGCUGGUUCAUUAGUUAGCUGGUUGAUUAGUUAGCUGGUUGGUUGGUUGGUUAGUUAGCUGGUUGAUUAGUUAGCUGGUUGGUUGAUUAGUUAGCUGGUUGAUUAGUUAGCUGGUUGAUUAGUUAUCUGGUUGAUUAGUUAGUUGGUUGAUUAGUUAGUUGGUUGAUUAGUUAGCUGGUUGGUUAGUUAGCUGGUUGGUUAGUUAGCUGGUUGGUUAAUUAGCUGGUUGGUUAAUUAGCUGGUUGAUUAGUUAGCUGGUUGAUUAGUAAUCUGGUUGAUUAGUUAGCUGUUUGAUUAGUUAGCUGGUUGAUUAGUUAGCUGGUUGGUUAGUUAGCUGGUUGGUUAGUUAGCUGGUUGGUUAAUUAGCUGGUUGGUUAGUUAGCUGGUUGAUUAGUUAGCUGGUUGGUUAGUUAGCUGGUUGAUUAGUUAGCCGGUUGGUUAGCUAGCUGGUUGGUAAGUUAGUUAGCUGGUUGGUUGGGAUGGUUAGUUAGCUGAUUGGUAGGUUAGUUAGUUAGCUGGUUAGUUGGAUGGUUGGUUGGUUAACUACUUGGUUAGUUGUAGUCAGAAGCACAGUUUUGUCGUUAAUUGCGUCUUAGAUGCGUCACUCAUUUGGUCGUGAAUUUUAAAUGUCUAUUUUUCUCCCAGAUCAAAAAAUGUCCAGUUGGUCCAUGUGGUCGGAAUGUAAUAAUAAAUAUUGUUAUAAAGAGCGACAAAGGUUUUGCUUUAGUAGAAACAAAGCGGAUUGUCCAAAAACCAAUGACUAUGGCAUUGAAACGGAAUAUGUUAAAUGCUCUCCAUGCCCAGGUAAUAUACGAUAGAGGUUCAGAUUUGAAUUCCAUUACCGCUACCUUUAAGGAACAACAAACCAAUCUGAUGCAUUUGACCUAUCCGAUUAACCAAUCAAAUGCGUUUGAUAUAUCCGAUUAACGAAUCAGAUCCGUACUAAGCCCGUGAGAGGUAGCAGUAGUGGAAGUCAAAUCUGAACCUCGCUAAUAUUACAGCUAUAUAUAUAUGUCGAACAAAAGGCGUACUUUUGGGAUGGUAACCAGGGUCUCUUUUAUACCAGGUAACCAGGGCCUCUUUUUAAGGUGAGGGGGGCUUGUCCCCCCAGUCCCUGUUUUGGGGGGCUUGCCCCCCCAGUGAACUAUGUUGCCCCCCCCCCCAGUGAAGGUCACUUCUGUCUAAAAUAUAAGCAUAAAAGGGAAGAAUAACUUAGUUAAGAAGAGUAUUUUAUUAUUCCCAUGACCAAAUCUUUAUCUAUCUCGUGACGGGUUUAGGCGAGUUACCACUCCAGAGUACGCCUUACAAAUAAAAUUAGUUUAGUUUCUCGAGUUCUACGUAGAUUUACAUAACAUGUAAUGAGCUGUUUUCACUUACUUUCUUAGCUCCAGUUGAUGGUAAUUGGGGUAUGUGGUCAUCAUGGGGAGCUUGUUCAAAGACUUGUGACGAAGGGAAACACACACGAACCAGACAGUGCGAUAAUCCCAAGCCAAGUAAUGGAGGCAAGGCUUGCAUUGGAGAAAGUAUCGAUGAUUCCACUUGCCUUAAUAGAAGAUGUAAAGGCGGUAAGAUGAUGAUAUCUUAUCAAUUAAUGUGUCUAGCUAAUCUACUUGUGAUCAUUUUUUUGCUCUUGUUCGAGUACUUAAAAAAUGUUCCCUUUCUUGUCGAUCACCCUAUUGUCCCUAUAUUCGGCAUUUCAACAUCGAUUCUGUCUGUCAGCACUGUCAGUAGUUACAUGGUUGAUAUUAACGAAUCGGUAUAAGUGAGGUCAAGAAAGAGCCAUCCUUUGUUGAUCCAAUGUUAUUACAGAAGGAAACCUGAGUUAAACUAGUAACUUUAUUUACAUGCUAGAUAGCUCUAUCAGUUCUAAACUGUUCUUUCUAAGGUCUAGCAAGGAUCAUCUCUUAUAGAUCCAGUGUUACUACAGGAGGAAACCUAAACUAUACCACCUUUAUUUAUAUUGUAUAGCUCUAUCAGUUCUAAACUGCUCUUCCUAGAGGUCUAGUAACGACCACGUCUUAUUGAUCCAGUGUUACUGCAGGAGAAAACCUAAACUAAACUAACUUUAUUUAUACUGAAUAGCUCUAUCAGUUCUAAACUGUUCUUCCUAGAGAUCUAGUAAGGACCAUGUCUUAUUGAUCCAGUGUUACUAUACAAGAGCAGACCUAAAUUAAGGGAAAUUUGUUCGGAGUCAAACUGGCAGCACUUUUCUCACAGCUUUUCAAUACAAUGCGUUGCUGUGUAUACAUUCAAAUAUGUAACGGCGCAAUAAUCAAAGUCAAAUUGAUUAUGCAUUAUUUGUACUUACGUUGGCUACUUUGCAGGAAAAUACGACGCGGACUUUGAAACUGGCUGGGGCAUGUGGUCGAGUGCAAGUAAUGCAGGAUUAAUCCCCUGGGCGCUAAUCAGUGGCUUUACCAAGACUAUGAACACAGGACCGAGAGGCGACCACACUCUAAAAGGAAAAGGUAAAAUGUAACCAAAAUUCAUAAUCUAUCAUAAACCUUCAAAUACUUUUGAAAGAUACUUUUGAAAGAUAGAUACUUCUUCGUUGACAAGUUUUGUUUGCUGUUGUGUACGGCAAAAUAUUGCCAAUUUUUCUUUGACAAGCCUUGAGAUAAAUGUAUAACAACAAUUUCGUGCAACAAAGCUUAUCAAGGGAAAGUUGUCAAAAAAACUUGUUAACCGUACACACGAGAAAGUAAACAUGUCAAGGAAAAUUGUUAAGCGGACCCCCCCCCCCCCCCCCUUUUGUGACUACGUCUGUGUAAAGGCCCAUUUCCACUCAAGAAAUAUUUCCACGGACAGAAACUUUUCCGAAAAUAAUAUCAUUGUUAAAAAUUGAAAAUUUUCAACUUCAAAAUUUUUUUCCGACGGAAAAUUUGUGUCGGCCAAUAGACAAUUCCCAUUAUAGACUAAUUUUAAAACUAGGCAAGGAAAUGCAAAUAAAUCACCACAGCUAGAAAAAGAGAAUACUAAAAUUAGUAAAAUUACAAAAUUUGGUUGCGAAAUGUUGUAAAAUGUGGAAAAUAUAGCCUUGCAAAGUUCGCAAAUUUUGUAUACUUUUGUAUUGCGUGCGACCAUUUUCGGCCUAAAUGUGGUAGGAAUGUGGUAGGGAUUUCCGCAAGCAAUACAAAAGUAUACAAAAUUUGCGAACUUUGCAAGGCUAUAUUUUCCUCAUUUUACAACAUUUCGCAACCAAACUUUGUAAUUUUACUAAUUUUAGUAUGCUCUUUCUAGUUGUGGUGAUUUAUUUGAGUUUCCUUGCCUAAUUUAAAAAUUAAUUUAUAAUGGGGAAUUGUCUAUUCCAAUUUACAAAAUUUUCUUUCUGCGAAAAUGUUUCCCGAGUGGAAAUAGGGCUUAAGGGGGCAGCAAGAUUUAUAUGCUUGACGGGAUCUUAGAACUCAUAAAACACGUCUACUUCGUACAGGCAGUUACGUUUACGUGGAAUCGUCAAAUCGCCAGAAAGACGACAAAGCAAGGCUUGUGAGUGGAAUGCUAGAGUUCUCGACACCGCAGUGUAUGAGCUUCUAUUACAACAUGUAUGGAGAUCAGACAGGCACACUCACAUUGUAUAUGGUUCCAGAGGGUAAACCGUGGAUAUACUUGUUUACGAAGACUGGAAACCAAGGUCCAAAUUGGCAGAAUGCUGACGUCACUCUUGACUACAAUGGAAAAUUCCAGGUUAGAUUCGUUGCCUCCAUCAUUUCUUUCACUACCCUUCCACUUUAAGGGAUGAUUUCGGCUGCACAAUCGUCAAAGCAAACGUCGAUUGUUCUUAAAUUUGCACACGUUAUUAUGUCUCAAAUAAAAGAUUCCGAUAUACCGAAGCUAUUUCAUGCAUGCAUGGCCCAAUGGUAGGAUCAUAGCAAUCAAGAACACAUUGCUAACAUCAUUACCGCAUCAUUUCAACCCCACAGUUGCAAAAAACGUUCCAGGUAAUGAAUAUGCAAUCUGCAAAAAUGUUGGCAGGUCAGCCCCCCAAACUGGCAUGAAAAUUUUAACAAGGGAAGUAAUUUACUCUAUUGUUAUUUUUUUAGUAUUACACACUUAUUAUUGCAAAAUACCAAUACAAAUACCAAUAUAAUCAAGUUAAAAUAGCUGGCAGAAAUUCGAUUUAAGCUCAGUAAGUCUCUGUAUAUCUGAUCCUAAAAUUUGUAAAAUUAUUUUCUAUCUAUUUAUCUUAACUGCCCUGCCUCGAUCAACUUUAUAGCUAUUUUCAGGGCAAGCUGUCAUUUAAUUCUUUGUUAAAUAAUCAUUAAAGUUGAAGGCCCCGUAAGCUUAUUAGGGUGGGGGCUGAGCCUCCCUCUUCUUCUAAACCACUGUAUGCUAGAAUGAUUCAGUCAAUUACAUACAAUCUCGAUUUAUCUCCAGCUGAUCUUUGAAGUGAAGUUAGGCGGAAGAGGCUACUCCGACACUGCUCUAGAUGACAUCUUCAUCGACAAUGGAGCUUGUCCAGGAUAUGUCUGCAAGGAUGACGACACGCGCUGUCCACUCUGGGCAACGAAUGGCGAAUGUACAGCAAAUCCAGCGUUUAUGCAUAUCUACUGCAGAAUGAGCUGUGGAGUGUGUACCAAACCAAAAACACCUAAAACUGUAGCGCCUAAAACAAGUGUGGCGCCUAAAACAAGUGUGGCGCCUAAAACAACUGUUGUAGCGCCUACAACAAGGGCUGUACCCGUGACUGCAGCAACAAGUAAGUAAAAUUUAUAGUUAACUCCGGUCAAACGAGAAUGAAGCUUGAUAGAGAGCUCAAGAUGUGGUAAAUCUUGAACGCGGAUGUGACAAAAAAAAACACACCAUAAAUUCGCAGUGUCAACAACACGGGUAAAAAAUAUGGAUUCUUUUUGUCAACAAAGAAGGAUAAAGGUGAAAAAAAAUUAAACUGGUUAACCCAUCAAAGUUUCUGCAAUCACAGUAGGAAUUCUAAGAUUUGAAGGAUUUGUAACAAAUGCUGGAGGAACCUGACUCAGCAUUAAAAACUUGUAGCAAUGCUGUUUCAACAACUUGUCAACAGGAUGUGUUCGCACUGUUACAAGUUUGUUGAGCUCAAUUAUUGCAACUUGUUGACAAGCUUGCUAUGCAAGCCUGUUGCGAACACAUCUUGUUGACAAGUUGUGAGAUUUUUACGUGUGCAUAUCAUGCAGUGCAAUUCAAUGAAGACUUAUUGGUCAAUCGUUCCCUAGAAUGUGAAGAUACAAACUCCAAUUGCUAUUCAUGGUCAACCACUCGCCAAUGUCAGGAUAACCCAGGCUUCAUGAAUGUCAGUUGCAAGGCCAGUUGUGGGCUUUGUGGAGGUAUGGAAUACGUUUAUACAACUUAUUUAAAAUCAUGCAAUUUGAUUGGUUCUGUGCUAGCAGGAUAUAUAGAGGAUAUUACACGGCGGCGCGAAGAUAAGACUUUUAUCUUCGAGUGGUGAAAACAAUAUUUUACGAACGAGCGCAGCGAGUGAGUAAAAUAUUGUUUUUAACACGAGAAGAUAAAAGUCAUAUCUUCAAGCAAAAAAUUGUGAAAUUUCACGCUCAAAAGCAAAUUGGAAAAAGUCAUGUGAUCGAUAUCUUCACUAGUGAAGAUAUGGAAAAUAUCUCAUUGUGUAUUUUUCAGUAUCUCACUCUCUACUAUAUAAUAAAAGCUCUUAUUUUUCACCUUGCUCGGUUUCCUUUGUUCUUAUCGGGGAAUAUAUUCAAUAUUCCCCUCUAAUCAAUUUCCGUUUAACAAUCCCCUCUAAUAUAUUCACCUGUAAUGUCUUUGCAGCACAAAAAAUGAGAAAAAAACAACAUAAGGUCAAAUAAAAAAAAAUACUUGGUUAGCGUCACCGCCCGCCUCUCGAUUUUCUGCCGCCUCUGAAUUUUUUUUUAUUUUUUUUAUGUAAAUCUCUUCGUUUUACAGCUUAAAACAGUUUAAUAUUUGAAAUUGUUCUCAUGCUCAGACCUUCGCGCUAUAUACUGAUCGAUAGGAACGCGUAGGCUUGGGUAUACAAGGUUCUUAAAGCAAAAUGGCGGCCUUCGCAACAUCAGUACAAAAAAUAUCACCGAUAUGGUGGAAAAACCGCCCCCCAUCCCCUCCAAAAAUACUAUUAAAAAAUUAAAAAACGAGUAAAAAUUAAAAAAAAAAUCGGCCCGCCCGCCUCUGAAAAUUUGUGAGAGUGUGACGCUAACCAAGUAUUUUUUUAUUGGCCUAACGAAGGCAAUAUGGCAUUAAGAAUUAUUUCUAUAUUCUGACUCAUUAACGCGACCUCGCAAUGCGAAAAAUAAGUAUAGGUUAUUUUGAGGCACCUCGGGGAUAUGUGUUUAUUCACUUCGGCGCUGCCCGCCUCGGUGAAUAAAUUACAUAUCCCCUCGUUGCCUUAAAAUAACCCGCUAUACAUAUCCUGCCAAUGUAUCCUUCUCGGGUAAAAAAAAAGACAAGAUGGCGGCUCAUAAAUUUACCGGAGUUUUCUGAACGAGAAAACAGCAAGUCAUUCACUUUUAAUAGCAUUAAGAGGGAUAAAGAUAUAAUGAAGUGUUUGCAAAUUAGCAAAUAAAUUUUAAAAAUGUAUUUACAAUGUAAGAAAAAAUAAUGCCGAAAGAGCGAAGAUAAAAACAGAAUAUAAUUUGUCAAGAAAUUAAACUGAACUAAUAACAAGAUCAAUUUAUACAUGUGAAAUCAAACUUGUUUUGUAUAGUAAGCCUUAAAUAUGUUAAAAAUUUCUUUUAGAUUGUGAAGACCUUGACGGUAGAACUCAGUGUGCAAUUUGGGCAAAACAGGGACAUUGCAGCAAUAAUCCUAGUUACAUGAUGGUUCAAUGCAAGCUCGCAUGCACAGGCUGCCCAAGUAAGUACUCGCUCGCCAAAUAUAAUUAACAAAUAUAAAACAUUUUCCGUGUUGAUAUACAGUUAUAUCAACACGAGUGGAAAUUGGGAAACCGAGAAAUUGUGUGGAAACACGACGCCCGAAGGGCGGAGUGUUUUCAAACAAUUUCGAGUUUUCCCAAUUUCCACGAAUGUUGAUAUAACUAUGUAUCAAUACGGAAAAAAUGUUUUAUAUUUGUUUUAUAAUAUAGCACAAAGAAACAUAAAGAAAGAAAUUUUCCGACGUUCCCGUGUUGACAUUGAGUUACAUCAACAAGACUCUCAGCCAAUCAGCGUUCACAAUUUACAAAUGCUAUAUUAUAAACAUAUUUAACAAUUAGCCAUUUCCCAAUCGAGCAGAGGACUGGGUCUAGUCGCUUGUUUGGAAGGACAAAAAAUAAACAAUACGCCGAAUAUGGCAUCUAGAAAGUUUUCCUACAUUCCUAAAGUUAUUUGUGCAGCCUGAAACGCAACAAUUAUAAUAAGGCAUCUUUUAAUAUAUAUUUAGCUCGCUCACUAUAACUUGUUGUCCCUCCAAACGUCAUAGACCCAGUCCUCUGCUCGAUUGGGAAAUGGCUAAUUGUUCGGGGAAUAUUCACCGAAUAUUCAGGUGAAUAUUCCCCAUAAUUCACCGAGUCUGAGUACUUUUACACAAGUCUUUUGUGUUUUUUUGGGACUGAAUUUAUUUUAAUUUCGCUUAUUUGUUUAUCAGUAACUUCCGCAAAACGGCUAGCCGCCAUUUUGCAAAUUUCGGUUUUGUUAUAUUCACCCGUAGGUGCAUGAAUACAUCAGGUUAAUAGCUACGUCAAAUUUGACCAAUCAACUUGUAGGAUUUGUUAUAUUCACUUGUGCAAAAAUACUAAUGAAAAAUAGCCGCGGACCAUUAAAAAAUAGCAUCCAACAUCAAUUAAACACAAACAAUGAAUUAUUGACCCAAACGUAUCCCACAAUGCGCUGUGCAUUCCAGACGUCCUGUGUAUUAAAAAUUGCGUGACGUCAGCACUUCAGAGGUCUACUCUAAGGGGUGACUAACAUUUUAUUUGGAAAAAUUUCAGUUCCUUGUGUGGAUGACAAUGCCAAAUGUCCAUCAUGGGCGACGACUGGUCAAUGUGAAGCAAAUCCUGUUUGGAUGGGAACUAACUGUAGAAAGAGUUGUAAAAAAUGCUGACCUGGUGAAAAUUGUUGUCAUUCGUUAAAAUGCACUUUUAGAUUAGAUGCACAGUAUAAAGUAAAUUUCCUUUAGUACUUUUCGGGGGUGGAAGCAGUAUUUUAGAAAUAUUGAAAUAAAAAUCAAUAUUUUUACCCUUCUACCCUCGAUAAAUUGUACGGCACUUUUUUAAUUUUGGAAAAUAAAAUCCUAAAUUAAAGUUUUCUAGUACUAGUGGGUAAUCACAUUAGCACAUAGUACAUUCGUUUAAUCUUGGCAAAGUUAAAUAACCAAUGUAUUACUGAUAUUUAAUAUAGUACUUGGAGCACUUCAACUUGAUAUUUUAGCGUUUAGAUUCUUUUGUGAUUUUUUUGCACUUACAGUUUACAUGUUUAUAUAGGUGUUAGAAGUGUCGCACCAAUUAAAGCUUUAUGUAUUUUAAAUUAAGCUAUUUAAUAUGCUGACUAACUAUUUAAAUAAGUUUACUUUUUUAAUUGCUCAUGAAUUUUAACGAGUGCAAAAUACGCCGUACUUUCAUCCCGAAUAGGGUAACAUUCUCUCGAACAAAUAGGUUUUUGAAUUGCUUGUAAUCAUUGCAGCACGUUUAGGCUGACAAUAGACCACAGUUCUUUUAAUAAUAGAUGGUUUGGAGACUCGAUGAAAGUACAAUAUAACUCAUUAACUAUGUUAUUGUUCAGCUUUAUGCAAGAAUUUGGUCCUAUCUCGUCACGUGUGUAUUGUAUUUUCGCUCAAAUAACCAAUAACAAGUUUGUGGUUGAGUUAUCCAUCCGUAACUUUAACAAAUGCUCAAUUUAAACAUUGCUAUUGGUUGUGUGGGAAAAAAAUACAAUACACACGUGACGAGAUAGGCCCAAAUUCUUGCAUCGAGUCUCCAAACCAUGUAUUCUAUUAACUGUGAAUAGACCAGAUCUGCUAUAAACGACGUGUUUAUCCCAAAUUUGGUGGCUAAGCAUGUGAGCUAUAUGAAACGUGAAUUGGGUCAAAUUAAAUGGCUAUAAUCAUGUAUCAGUUCUAUUCGGGAAUAUAUUAUACUUCCCUGACAAUAUUACAAAAUUCCAUCCCUUUUAAACCAUGGUAUUUGUUGGUUACUUGAAGAACUUGGAUAGUGGACAGUACC